AUCUAUCAGUUGUGAGGGACCAAAUUAAAUAUUCAUUCAUCCAUCUUAUUUCAUAAUGUUUUUAUUCUUCUUUUUCUUUAGGUACAAUUUUGGCGCGAAAUAAAACCAUCACUAACAUAGACUGUUAUAUACACUAUCCCGCAAGCAAAAAAUACCUUUCGAUUUGGCUUCUACUGUAAGAGAUUUCACUGAGAAGCCAUGAAUUCGAGAGAGCUAACGCUGGUGUCAGCUGCCGCAGUAAUUGGCGCCUUUGCUUCUGCUAUGACCAUUCGCUUCUUCUUCAAUCCCAAAAGGCCUUCUGUUACUGACUCGGAUAGUUCGGGAGUCGAUCGUUCACAGCAACGGAAAUCGUCUUCGAAAAACCCAUUUGAUCCUUCCAAACGAUUAGGGUAUUUGUCGUGGGAUGAUUAUUUUAUGGCGAUUGCGUUUUUAUCUGCUCAAAGGUCUAAGGAUCCAAACAGGCAGGUUGGAGCAUGUUUGGUGAGUCAAAAUUACGUAAUACUAGGCAUUGGAUACAAUGGGUUCCCACGUGGCUGUUCAGAUGACAAGCUUCCUUGGGCAAAGAAAUCUAAAAAUGGGAAUCCUUUGGAGACGAAGUAUCCUUCUCUUUGCAGUUAUGUUUGUCAUGCUGAAGUUAAUGCCAUCCUGAAUACAAAUCAUGCAUCUGCUGAAGGACAGAGGCUUUACGUGACAAUGUUUCCUUGCAAUGAAUGCGCAAAGAUUAUCAUUCAAUCUGGUGUUUCAGAGGUUAUUUAUUUUGUGGAGAAGAGAUUAGACGGUUCUGACACGGCUUAUGUUGCUUCCCACAAACUUCUGUCAAUGGCUGGCAUAAAAGUAAGGAAGCAUCAACCACAGAUGAAAGAGAUCUCAAUCAAGUUUGAAGAACUAUAGACACUCCUAUGAUACACUCUUCUCUCGGCUUUAAUGUGUCAUGCAUUUCUCUUGGGUAAAAGAUUGAAGAUUGAUGUAUCUUAGCUAAUGCCUGCUAAGAGGGUUGAGAACUCUCAAUUUACUAUGUAAGGUGUUCCACCUCUUGAGACGUGUACCAAUGUUUGUAACUGCUCAUUUUAUAAGACUCGAAACUGAAACUUCUCAGAAUUCCAUAGAA